AUGGAGAGUGUGGUGCUGAAGACACUCGAAAGGAGUCGGCGUCCCCUUGCCUCCCGAAGGUGCGGGAUAUCGCUGGAUACUGGCGGCAUGGCCCGAGAACUGCUUCCCUUGCUCCUCGUGGUUAUCUUAAUUGCUGAAAUACAGUGUAAAAAUAACACUGAAGCUCCCAUACCCAGAGUAUACAAAAAAUCAACUAUCAGGAGGAUCAUUGCCAAGAGAGAAGUUGCGUGUAACCAGGAUGAAUACAAUUUAGGUGCUGAGUGUUGCAAGAAAUGUACACCUGGUUUCGUUAAAAAUACCAGCUGCCCAAAAGAUGUUAGCAAACACUGUGUUCCCUGUAAAAAUGGAAAGGAGUACAUGGAUCAUGCCAAUCAUGUGGACAAGUGUUUGAGAUGCUCUUUGUGUGACAGCAUAUUCGGUUUCGUGGUGGCAAAGAACUGUACCCAAGCACGGAACACAGAAUGUGCCUGUGCAGAGAACCAUUUUUGCAAUUCUUCUGCACCAUGUAGCCAUUGUGAUCUAUGUACCAUAUGUGAAAGUGGUGCCAUUGAAAAACAAUGUACUUCAACUUCAGACACUGUGUGCAGAAUGAAAGAAACAGGAGUGGCAUGGUGGGUCACUGCUUUGAUAAUUGUGUUAUCACUACUGGCAGUAGCUGGAGUAAUAUUCUUGUGUAAGAGAAAACAGAGGGGUCGUACCAGCAAAGAGAACAUAGGUGAAGUCCUCAAACAAGAGGACAUACCCCUUAUAAGCACAGAUAUUGACCUGAGCAACCAUAUUGCUGGUAUUGUGGAGGAGAUGACGCUCCAAGAUGUCAAGACAUUUGUUCGUUACCACCAAGUAUCAGAAUCUGUCAUAGAUCAGCAUAUUCGGGAUUAUUGUAAUGAUUGUAAUGAACAGAAGAUUAAGCUAUUUCAAACCUGGUAUCAAAGACAUGGGUUAAAGGGAGCCUAUGGAACCCUAAUAAGCAGCUUGAGAAAGUUGAAAAUGCGUACUGCAGCUGAUAAGAUUGAGCAAAAGCUGAAGGCAGCUGUUUCUAGCUGUCAGGAGAGAAGACAGUCUUAUAAUGAUGACAUUAAGCAAAGCAAAACCUGCACUCAGGAAGACAGAAACUCCUGCAAUGAUAGUGCUAAGCUAAGCAAAACCUGUUCUAGUAGUUUGGAAGAGACAUAG